AAAUGGCAGCAUCUGAAAACCUGCUGUCAGCGCGACUGCUUUCCCUGCUUAAGAGCGGACAGUGGGAAAAAGAAGAUGCUGUCAACUUGUUUAAAGCCCUCGUGGAGCAAUUUCAUGGCAUGAAUGAUGAUUUUAACACAUGGAUGAUGAAAAUCCUUCAUCAAGUGGAAAUUCACAAAAUCAGAGCAUCGGAUUUGACUUUCCUACAUGAUGCUAAAGUCCCUCAGUUUGUGGAUAAUAUUGAGGCCAAAAUUAACAUCAUAACCAAAAACACUGAUGAGAAAUCAUUGGAUGAGAUUUUGAAGGAAAUCUGUGAACAUGCAGAUAUUGAUGAAGAAAUGAUGGCACAAGUGACUGAUAUUGUGUCCUUUGAAUCUACAUGUCCACCAAACCUACAAGGAAUAAGAGAAAUGUUGUUAACGCUCUGCAAUGCAGUAGAAAAAACAAUGAAGUUUAAACCUCGAGUGACUCAGACGGUGAGCUGGUGCGUUCUCGUUCUUUCUAAAUCGAGUCGUCUGGUUCAGGUUGGGACAGGAGAAGGAAAGUCGUGCAUCGUGGCAAUGUUCGCAGCGUAUCAGGUCAUGAUGGGAAAAACCCCUGAUAUCAUCUCUAGUUCUCCUGUACUUGCUGAAAGAGAUGCCGAGGAAUGGUCUGGAUUUUAUAAGGCACUAGAUAUAACCGUUGACGUCAACACCAAUAAAUCGGAAAGCGAGCUGAAGAAGUGCUAUGAAUGUAAUGUGGUUUAUGGUACGACUGUCAGUUUUGCUGGGGAUUUUCUGAGACAACGCUUCCAAAGAAAAGAAGUGAGACCUGAGAGGAAGUUUCAGUGUGUUAUAGUGGACGAGGUGGACUCACUAAUGUUGGAUAAAGGUGUUGAAGUGGUCUACUUGAGCAGCGAGAUCCCACUAAUGCAAUCUUUCAAUGGGAUACUGUCUAAAAUUUGGUUAAUCAUCAACGAGUUGAAAUGUUUAAACACUGGAGAGAUUUUAGGACCCGUUCAGCUCUUCUCUCAAGUUCUGUCUGAGAUAAUACAUGAAAAUAAAAACAUUGAUCAACUCAGUAUUGUGCGGAUGGCUGUGGACGCAGGAGUUAUGCCUAUACAAUCCUCAAAGCAAAUGGAAGAAAACAUGACAAAUGUUUUAAAAUGCCUGGAUGAUGCAAGUUUUGUGGAAAAGGUGGCAUUUUUAACCAUGUUUGUGAAAAAGUUCCCUGAGUAUUUCUUCAAAUUAUACCGGGAGCAGCCUGAUGGAAAUUUACAGAAAAUGAAAGAGAUUAAUCCAACGGAUACAAAUAAUAGACAAGAAAUAUCAAUAAUUCUCCUGGAAUGUGGAAAAUGUCGUGUUGUGCACUUUGAGGAGGACGGUUCUCUAGAGCCGUCAUUGAGGAAUCGGAUUAAAAAGGCUUAUCAGUCCGAAUCAGCAAACGAACUAAAUGAAUCUCGUAUCCCAGGCCUUGAAGAUCUCAUUCAUGGCAAGAUGAAAACGUGGAUUGCAAGUGCUCUGCUAGCCACAAAACUGACUCUGGGACACGAAUACGUCCUUCAUGGAGAUGGAGUCGCUCCGGUUGAUUUCAGCUCCACCGGUGUUGUGCAGAACAACAUGAGUUGGGGGGAAGGACUUCAGCAGUUUCUGGAGAUGAAACACCAAACUAAACUGUCCAACAUGACGCUAAUAACAAACUUCAUGUCUAACGUGGGUUUAUUCAAUAAAUACCCAAACCAGAUCUACGGGAUCACGGGAACCUUGGGGGAAAAAACAGAGCUUGACAUAUUAAAGAAGCUUUACAAAGGCAUUGAAACCUGUACGAUUCCCUCAUUCAAGCGAAGGAAACUUUAUGAGCUGGAAGGCAUGGUUGUUCCUGAAGAGAAUGAGUGGAUUAUGAUGGUCUGUGAUGUUGUUAAGCAUCAAGUGUCUUCCACAGUCUAUCGAGGUCCACGAGCAGCUCUCGUCAUCUGUGAAACUAUCAACCGUGCGGAAAUGUUUCAUAGCGCCCUUUCAAAAACCAUCUCAAAAGACAAACUAAAACUCUAUGUGAAUAACAACAUGGACAACUCUAGAAUAACAGAUUCAGUCAUUCAAGCCGGGGACGUCAUCAUUGCAACUAAUCUAGCAGGUCGAGGUACAGAUCUAAAGGUCUGUGAAAGUGCAAAUGAGGCAGGAGGUUUGUUCGUGAUGCAAACCUUCUUACCUCUGAACGUCCGUGUUGAACAGCAAGCCUUCGGACGAACGGCUCGCCAAGGGACUCCAGGAUCUGCUCAAAUCAUCAUGUGCACCAGUCAUUUCUCUGACUCGGUCAAACUACUGAUGGGUGAAAACACAUCUCUCACCAACUCACUCGACCGUCUGAAUGACUUCUCAAAGCAGAUGUCACACAAAAGUGUGUUUGAGGAAGCGGUUCAAUGCUACCUGGAAAACCACAGCUCUCAAAAUCAUGAGACUAUGGUUUCAGCCCUAGCUGACCUCUUAACCAUACAUUCAAGUGAUCUGGAAAAGGCAAAAGAUGCCAGAAAUGCCGGGGUGAAUAAAAGACUCUCUGGGUUUCUUGAAAAAGACAUUCCAGAAAUCAUAAAAAAGGAAGAGCUUUUUUCCGUUUACCUUGAUGUUUUGGACAAGGUUUAUGAGGAUGAUGUUUUCUCUGACCAGCGGGAUGUUAUUGUGUCCUCUCUUCAUGAGUGUUGGGGUUUGUGGCUCCUGAUGUAUUUCAGUGAGGAAAAUCCCACUGAGAAAAGCCUAGCCUUGUUGAAGGACCAGCUGAAGGCGGACUUGUCGAGUGCAAAGCAGAAACUUUUGAGCAAACAGUCCCCGUCCUCCAUGGUCUACUAUUACAUCAGGUCUGGAAACAAUCUCCGUGAGAAGGGUUGCCUUGCAGAGAGCAUUGAGAUGUACACCAAAGCUUUGGAGGACGGUGCAUCUGGAGAGAUCAUUCCUCUUUAUAAUCGUGCACUGGCUACUCUUAUGAAGAAGGAUGCUGGUUAUAUUACUAAAUCAUUGGCUGAUCUGGAAAAGGCUGAAAAGGCAAUUGAUUCAUACAAGUCACAUCUGGCAUGUAUUCAUGCUUGUGUGAAAUCAUCAAGACAAGAGCAGACAACAACAGAAGGCGACUCUUUGCUCACCAAACAGUUUCUCCUGAAGUGUAAGAUUGUAGACCAACUCAAGAUGAACAUUCAAGAUGCUGUGAUGAAGUUAAAGAGGGCUGAAAGCAGAGGAGGAGAAGUGAAACUGACUGAAAAACAUACCAUUUUUCUAAACAAGGACACUUUGAAGAAGGCUAUAAGCAGAAGAGAUAUGAGUCUGCCUGAAGCACUUGCCCUUUCUGCGAUAGAUGACUUUAUAAAGAGGGCUGAAAUCAGACGAGGAGAUGUGAACUUGGCUGAAAAAUUUGCACUGCUUUGCACAGAAGACGAAAGGAAAAGGGCUGAAAGCAGAGGAGAAGACGUGAACCUGGCCGAAAGACUUACUCUUUUGCUGUUAAAAGACUCUAUUCACAGUUCUAUACGAAUUCUCGGAGAGAUGCUAAUGGAAUUUGAAUCUGUCAUGUCAUUGGGUCUGGACACCAUUUUCUUUUUGGACACCACAUUUUCUUUCACGGGCUUUUUGUCAAGGAUAUUUAGAUAA